AUCCAGACAUCCAUAUUAUUCUCAACAGCGUGAUAAUGUACGAUGCCUACUGGCUGUGUAAAUUCGAUGCGCUUCGCUUGAAAUGAGUGAGUGUGUAGAACAUGCGCGACUUUAAGACUGAUGGAGGGAUUUUGGGGCUACUGAUACCGCUCUCAGUGAGCAGAUGUUGCCGGGAAAGACAGCGCUACCGCAUCCAGAGACGAGACGCGGCUUGGAUCGCAAAUAGGUUCAGUGCGCAUGCGCUCUCGGUGCCGCUUACUGUAUAUUCACGGUGGGAAAACGAAGAACGGGCAACGAUACCAGUCUUUUAAAACAGCAAAGUGACUUCUGCUAUAUAAUUAGUCUCCGGGGAAACAAACUGGGAAAUCAACAGGUGCGAUGAGAAAAAAGGAACAAAGGAUGCCUUAGAAGAGAACGAGAGAUACUUUCAAACCCCCAGGAUCAUAUACAUAUACAGUUGAGGCCAAAAGUUUGCAUACACCUGGGCUAAUAAUAUUCAAACUCAGUUUUUCACAACUCAGUUGUGGCAUCUACUUUGUUCACAUCAGAGGUUAUUUUGAAACAAUCGAUUGGAGACAGAUUUAUUUCAGCUUUAAUUCAUUAUAUCAGAAUUCCAGUGGUUCAAAGGUUUACAUACACCAAGUUGACUGUCUCUUUAAACAGUCUGGAAAAUUCCAGAAAUUGAUGUAAUUAGUUUUUACCAGCUUCUGGUUGGCCAAUUGUGAUAAUCAGGAGUUAAUUAGCACAUGUGGCUGUAUUUAAGGGCCUACCUUUGGAGUCACUGCCUUUUUGCCCUUGAUACCAUGGGAAAAUCUAAGCAACUCAGCAAAGACCUCAGAAAAAAAAUAGCGGUCCUCCACACGUCCGGUUCCUCCUUUGAAGCAAUUUCCAAACAACUGAAGGUCCCACGAGCAUCUGUACAAACAAUUGUAUGCAAAUAUAAAAAUCUUGGGACCACACAGACACUGUAUCGUUCAGGAGGCACAAAUUAACUCCCAGGGCUGAACAAACUUUGGUUCAAACAAACAAACUUUUUCAACUGAACCCCAAGACAACAAUAAAGCAACUGGUGAAGGAGCUGGAGGCGUCAGGUACCAAAGUAUCUACAUCCACCAUUAAGAGAAUCCUACACUGCCAUGGCCUGAAAGGCUGUCACGCAAGGAAGAAGCCCCUACUCCAAAACCAGCAUAAAAAAGCCAGAAUGAAGUUUUCAGGUGAUCACCAGGACGAAGACCUAGCCUUUUGGAGGAGUGUUCUCUGGUCAGAUGAAACAAAAAUUGAACUGUUUUGCCAUAAUGAUCACCGCUAUGUAUGGAGGAAAAAGGGUGAGGCUUUUAAUCCCAACUGUGAAGGAUAGGGGCGGCAGCAUCAUGUUGUGGGGGUGUUUUGCCGGAAAAGGGACUGGUGCGCUUCAGAAAAUCAUGAGGAAGGCGGAUUAUCUAGAAAUACUGAAGCAACACCUCAAGACAUCAGCUAGAAAGUUAAAACUUGGUCGCAACUGGAUCUUCCAGCAGGACAGUGAUCCUAAGCAUACCUCCAAAGUUGUAACAAAAUGCCUUAAAGACAACAAAGUGAAAGUAUUGGAGUGGCCAUCACAAAGCCCUGACCUGAAUCCCAUAGAAAAUUUGUGGACUGAACUGACAAAGCAUGUCUGAGCAAGGAGGCCCACAAACCUGACUGAGUUACACCAGUUCCGUCAGGAGGAAUGGGCAAAAAUUCCGGCAAAGUACUGUGAGUAGCUCAUGGAAGGCUACCCCAGGCAUUUGAUUAAAGUUAAACAAUCAAGAAGCAAUACCACCAAAUACUAACAAAGUGUAUGUAAACUUUUGACCCACUGAAAAUCUGAACAUAAAAGCUGAAAUAAGUCUGUCUCUUAGCUAUUAUUUUGAAAUGCCCUCUUAUGGAAAUAAAGCAGAUACCUUAAUUGACUUAACACAGGAAAUGUAUGGUAACAUGAAAUGUGUGGAGUUGUGAAAAAAUUGAGUUUGAAUGUCUUUAGCCAAGGUGCGUGUAAACUUUUGGCCUCAACCGUGUAUAUACAUUAUGUGAUUUGAUUUAAAAAGAAAAGCACCUCAAAUGGAUGUGUCUCUUCCCCAGUGCCUGUGGAUCAUGAGACUGGACUGAAGCGAGUCUCAUGAUUCCUCCUCCUCCAUCUAUGGCGAACUACAGCCAUGCGGCCGAGCACAGCUUCCUGCAGACCGUCUCCCCACUGGCCACCUUCCUCAAGCUGACCUCCCUGGGAUUCAUCAUCGGCGUGGGCGUGGUGGGCAACCUGCUCAUCUCCAUCCUGCUGGUGAAGGACCGCAGCCUGCACCGCACGCCGUACUACUUCCUGCUGGACCUGUGCGCCUCGGACGUCCUCCGCUCGGCCGUCUGCUUCCCCUUCGUCUUCACCUCCGUCAAGAACGGCUCGGCCUGGACGUACGGCGCGCUCACCUGCAAGGUGAUCGCCUUCCUGGGCGUGCUCUCCUGCUUCCACACCGCCUUCAUGCUCUUCUGCGUCAGCGUCACGCGCUACCUGGCCAUCGCGCACCACCGCUUCUACACCAAGCGGCUCACCUUCUGGACCUGCCUGGCCGUCAUCUGCAUGGUGUGGACGCUGUCCGUGGCCAUGGCGUUCCCGCCGGUGCUGGACGUGGGGACGUACUCCUUCAUCCGGGAGGAGGACCAGUGCACGUUCCAGCACCGCUCCUUCAGGGCCAACGACUCGCUGGGCUUCAUGCUGCUGCUGGCCCUCAUCCUCCUCGCCACGCAGCUCGUCUACCUCAAGCUCAUCUUCUUCGUCCACGACCGGCGGAAGAUGAAGCCGGUGCAGUUCGUGCCGGCCGUCAGCCAGAACUGGACCUUCCACGGGCCCGGGGCCAGCGGCCAGGCGGCCGCCAACUGGCUGGCGGGUUUCGGCAGGGGCCCCACCCCGCCCACCCUGCUGGGGAUCCGGCAGAACACCAACGCGGCGGGGCGGCGGCGCCUGCUGGUGCUGGACGAGUUCAAAACGGAAAAGAGGAUAAGCAGGAUGUUCUACGCCGUCACCUUCUUCUUCCUGGCGCUCUGGGGGCCCUACCUGGUGGCCUGCUACUGGAGGGUGUUCGCCAGGGGCCCCGUGGUGCCCGCCGGGUACCUGACUGCAGCCGUCUGGAUGAGCUUCGCCCAGGCCGGGGUCAACCCCUUCAUCUGCAUCUUCUCCAACCGGGAGCUGAGGCGCUGCUUCAGCGCCACCUUGCUUUACUGCAGGAAGUCCCGGUUGCCUAGGGAACCCUACUGCGUUAUAUGAAGGUCUGGCUUUUCCGCGGCUGGUCGUGCGGUCGCUCAUAACGCCGUAACGCUGUUCCGCCUUCUUCAAGGACCUGGCGGAAAUCGAGACUGUCGGCCGUUAACUUCAGAACAUGAUUAAAAGCUACAUGCGAGGGGGGAGGGGACGCCUGUGGAGUAAUCUGCUGGAACAGAAGUGUUUAUGUUCUAGUAAACCGUUGCUCUGGAAACACUUUUGGAAGCUACAGAGAGCUCAAUGGAUCAAAACAAAAAGACUCAGCCCCAUGUAUCGGAUAUCUGAAGAUUUUUCUAUAAUCUGUGGAUUUAAGGGGGGGGACAAGCAAAAACAAUGACCUCUGAGGAACGGUGGGAUUUGUUUUACAUUAAAAAGUUGCACUAAAGAGAAGAUAUGAAAGUGUUUUUUGUUUUUUUUCUUCUUGACGGUCGUGUUGCAAAAGGACAUCUUUGGUUAUUUUCAUAUGAAACACUGAAUUCUUUCAUUUAGAAAAGAUGUGUGUGCUUUGCCGUAAUGGAGUAAGUGUCCCGGGUGGAAUGCACCUUCACAAGAGGAUAAAAAAGUGAUUUCAGUGUAAGUGUUGUUUUUCAUUUCAAG